GGAGCAGUUCCCAGAAGGUAUUUGGAAAGCUUCGGGUGGCAGAAAAACUCUUGCUUGGAGCCUGUAACACACACCUGUGUUAGCAGAGACUAUCCCCCAACCUCUGCAUCACCAUCGUCCUUGCCUAGCCUAGGAUGGACACCAACCAGGACCUCCCAGCCAUUGACAGCCACAGAGCCCUCCAAAUAUGGGUUACUGAGAACCUAAAGAUGCUGCCACUGCCUGAGAGGGCUCAUGGGACUUUCUUCGAGGAAUGCUGCUAUAUCAUCCUUCACGUCCCUCAGAGCCCAAAGGCUAACCAGGGAGGGUCCAGCGACCUGCACUACUGGAUUGGAAAGGAGGCCAGCGCAGAGACCCAGGGGGCUGCAGUUACUUCUGUGCAGCGCCUCCAGGAGGUUCUAGGAGAGCAGACGGUGCUGCACCGAGAGUCACAGGGCCAUGAGUCGGACUGCUUCCACAGUUAUUUCCACCCUGGAGUCGUCUACAGGAAGGGAGGUCGAGCCUCUGUCCUCAAGCACGUGGAGACCAACGUGUACAAUGUCCAGCAACUGUUGCACAUCAGGGGAAGGAAGCAUGUGUCUGCCACCGAGGUGACCUUGUCCUGGAACAGCUUUAAUAAGGGAGACAUCUUCCUGUUGGACCUGGGCAAGGUGAUGAUCCAAUGGAAUGGACCCAAAACCAGCAUUUCUGAGAAGUCGCGGGCGCUGGCCCUGACUUGCAGCCUCAGGGACAGGGAGCGCAGUGGCCGUGCCCAGAUCGGUGUGGUGGAUGACGAGAACAAAGCCACGGACCUCGUACACAUCAUGGAGGCUGUGCUGGGCUGCAGAUCAGGCAGCAUGAGUGCCGCUGUGCCCAGCGACAGCGUUAGCCAGCAGCAGAAGGCCAACAUCCGUCUCUACCAUGUCUUUGAGAAGGGAAUGGACCUGGUAGUCCAGGAAUUGGCGACCCGCCCACUGACCCAGGACCUCCUGCAAGAGGAAGGCUGCUAUCUCCUGGACCAGGGUGGCUUCAAGAUUUACAUGUGGCAGGGACGGAAGUCCAGUCCCCAGGACAAGAAGUCUGCAUUCACCAGGGCUGUGGGCUUCAUCCAGGCCAAGGGCUACCCAAGCUACACCAACGUGGAGGUGGUGAGCGAUGGUGCAGAGUCAACCGCCUUCCAGCAGCUGUUCCAGACGUGGUUGAAGGAGCCAGAUGGGAAAAAACACCGAGUGGGCCAUAAACGGAUGCAGGCAAAACUGGAUGUAAGCAAGCUGCACACCCAGCCUGAGCUAGCGGCCCAGCUCAGAAUGGUGGAUGACGGCUCUGGGCAAGUGGAGGUGUGGUGCAUCCAGGACUUACAAAGGCAGCCUGUGGACCCCAAGCACCAUGGCCAGUUGUGCUCAGGAAACUGCUACCUUGCCCUCUACACAUACAAGAAACUUGGCAGUGUCCGGUACAUCCUGUACCUAUGGCAGGGCCUCCAGACCACCAUAGAAGACACCAAGGCCCUGAACGGCAAUGCUGAGGAGAUGGACCUCAUGUACCAUGGAGCACUGGUGCAGGCACAUGUGACCAUGGGCAGAGAGCCCCCCCACUUCCUGGCCAUCUUCCAGGGACAGCUGGUGGUCUUCCAGGGGUGUGCAGACAAUGGAGGGAAGAGGCCGCCAAUCUCCAGCACGAGGCUGUUCCACAUGCAAGGGGCUGACAGCCUCAACACCAGAACUAUGGAGGUGCCAGCCCGCGCUUCCUCCCUCAUGUCCAGUGACAUCUUCUUCCUGGUCACAACAGAUGUCUGCUACCUCUGGUUUGGGAAGGGCUGUAGUGGGGACCAGCGUGAGAUGGCGCGGAUGGUGGUCACUGUCUUCGCUGGAAAUAACACAGAGACGGUGCUGGAGGGUCGGGAGCCUCCCCACUUCUGGGAAGCCCUCGGAGGCCGGGCCCCCUAUCCCAGCAACAAGAGGCUUCCCGAGGUCUCCAGCACCCAGCCCCGACUGUUUGAGUGCUCCAGCCCCUCGGGCUGCCUGGUCCUCACGGAAGUGGUGUUCUUUGACCAAGAGGACUUGGACAAGUAUGACAUCAUGUUACUAGACGCCUGUCAGGAGAUCUUCCUGUGGCUUGGGGAAGAAGCAGGUGAGCAGAGGAAGGAGGCAGUGGCCUGGGGCCGGGAGUACCUGAGGACUCAUCCAGCAGAGAGGCUCCUGGACACACCCAUCAUUGUGGUCAAGCAGGGCCAUGAGCCUGCCACCUUCACUGGGUGGUUUGUCACCUGGGACCCCUACAAGUGGAUGAACAACCAGUCCUAUGAGGAGGUUGUGGAAGGAAGCCUGGGCCCAGCAUCUGCCAUCUCUGAGAUAACAGCAGAAGUACAUAACUUCCAGCUAACUCGAGGGCCGGGUGACAACAAGGCAGGUCCCUUGACCCUACUGGCCUUCAAGAGUUCCCAGGAAAGCCCAGAGAAUGAUCUAAAGCUGGGCCACAGAGUGGAUGGCAAGAACCCCAGCAAAAGCCCUAGCGAGGGCUGCAGCAGCUCAGCAGCCAAUGGGAGCCUGCCUCGGGAAAGGCUGAUGCACCAGGCCGUGGAGGACCUGCCACAGGGAGUGGAUCCUGCCCGCAAGGAGUUCUAUCUCUCAGACUCUGACUUUCAAGACAUCUUUGGGAAAUCCAAGGAGGAGUUCUACAGCAUGGCCAAGUGGAAGCAGCAGCAAGAGAAAAAGAAGCUGGGUUUCUUCUGAGCUGGGGGAGCCCUGCUCGCCACACCCCGAGUCUCCUUGAAUACCUCCCCGUUCCUAAUAAAAAGCCAGUUGGUUGGUGUCAGGUGUGGCCUGUGUGCCUUCACCUUCUCGGCAGCAGGGCCCUGUGGCACUCUGGGUAAUACCCUCCUGGGUGGAAAGGGCUCCUUCCGCCUGCUCACUCCAGAUGACCCCAUGAUGGCGGGAAGGGGUGUGCAUGAGGCCUUGACGGAGUCUCUGGUGUCUAUGUAAAAAGACUCUAAGG